AUGCGAAUCCCUGCCCGAGAUCAUAAAUCCACAAGCUGCCGGACACGAGCGCGAAGGGACAUCCUUCCCUUUCUCCGCUGCGACCUUGGACCCCGACAUGAUCUGAAAGAAGAGAGUGAAGAACUGAAUGAAAUACAAGACAAAGAUCAGUUUAAGAAACAUGAUUUCGUAACUGGACAAAAAUCAUAUAGUUGCUCACAGAUUGCAAAGACUUUGACACGAAAAAGGGCUCAAAAUACUGGAACUAGAUGUCAUUUCACCUGCCAACAAUAUGAAAAGAGUUUUGAUCAACGUGGAAAACUUCAAGUCCACAUGAGAAUUCACACCGGAGAGAAGCCUUACUCCUGCAAACCGUAUGGAAAUAGUUUCCCUAAAAAGGGAAACCUUAAAAGGCACAUGAUAGUUCACACUGGAGAGAAGCCUUUCACCUGCCCUCAAUGUGGAAAUAAUUUUACACAUAAAAACACUCUUAAUGACCACAUAAGAAUUCACACUGGAGAGAAGCCUUUCACCUGCCAACAGUGUGGAAAGAGUUUCAUUCAAAAAAGAUACCUUAAAAACCACAUGACAAUUCACACGGGAGAGAAGCCUUUCACAUGCCCUCAGUGUGGAAACAGUUUUACUCGACAAGGAAACUUUAAAAGGCACAUGAGGAUUCACACUGGAGAGAAGCCGUUCACGUGUUUUCAGUGUGGAAUCAGUUUCACUCAGCAAAGAAGCUUAAACAAGCACAUGAGAAUUCACACCAGAGAGAAGCCUUUCACCUGCCAACAGUGUGGAAAGAGUUUCAUUCAAAAAAGAUACCUUAAAAACCACAUGACAAUUCACACGGGAGAGAAGCCUUUCACAUGCCCUCAGUGUGGAAACAGUUUUACUCAACAAGGAAACUUUAAAAGGCACAUGAGGAUUCACACUGGAGAGAAGCCGUUCACAUGUUUUCAGUGUGGAAUCAGUUUCACUCAGCAAAGAAGCUUAAACAAGCACGAGAAUUCACACCAGAGAGAAGCCUUUCACCUGCCAACAGUGUGGAAAUAGUUUCAAUGAAAAAGGAAUCCUUAAAACGCACAUGAGGAUUCACACCGGUGAGAAGCCGUGUACAUGCCCUUAGUGUGGAAACUGUUUUACUCAACAAGGAAGCUUUAACAGGCACAUGAGGAUUCACUCUGGAGAGAAGCAUUCAAUUCCCACAAAGUGUGUGGAAGAACUUCUCAACAAAACUAAACCUUAGCUAUAGCAUGAACAGUUACACUAACGAGAAGCUGUUUACAUUUGAUUAGUGUGGAAAAAAAUUCAGAAAUAAAGUAACCCUUAAUAAGCACGAGGCUUCACGCUGGAGAGAGACCUUUCACGUGUCUGUAUGAAAUGUGUUUCACAAAUCAGAAAGACCUCAAACAUCAUUUACAAACUCAUUCUGGAAAGCCAUUGCCAUGCUCCUCAGUGUGACAAGAGGUUUACAAAACGGAGCUAUUUCAGAAAUGACCUGCACAUUCACUCUGGAAGAAGGCGAUUUAAUUAUGAUCAGUGUAAUAAAAGUUUUUUUUGCCAUCACACAAAUACACCUGAAAAGCAUAUGUGAGAUCCUAUUUGUUCUUUGUGUGGAAAGAGUUUUAAAUAGAUCUGCAAUAUAAACUGGCACUAGAUCAAAG